CAUUCCAUUCAAGGCGCACUGUGUUGUUUACCAACAUUCCACCAUUCUGCAGCAGCGAUGGAGCGUGCCGUUUCGGAGGAAUUAAUAACAGUGUGCCGGUUUUGUUUGUGCGAGGACGAUGAUUGCUUGAUUCCUAUCGAGGAUUUACUCGACUUUGAAAUUACAACCGAAGAUUUAGAACGAUUCUCCGGGAUAGAGAUAAACGACGACAACAAGGCAACGUUCUCAGUAUGUAUGGACUGUACCAGCAAGCUGAAAGUAGCAUCCACCUUCCGCAACACGUGCCUCAAAAAUGACCCGCUUUUUCGCGAUCUGUACCAAGUGCUGGUUGCUAGCGGCAAGGAAAGGCUACAGAAAGUCGUCGCUCGUAUCGAGCUAUCGGAUACAGAUGAUGGAAUGGACGAUGAAGACGCUCAAAAAAAACCGGUGGUGAUAUAUCUAAACGACCCCCUGUGGAAACCAUCGAAACAAAGCGUUCCGGAAGUACCUCCCGAGCCGAAGCUGCCGAAACGAUCAGUCGAAAUCCCGGCAAUGAUUACGGAUGACGACGAUGGUACCCAGCACAGUGAAGCGUUUUCGUGCGCAAGCACCACCGAUGAGGUUGUGUGCGAUGGCGAGCUCUUCGCGUACUCGGCCAACUACAUCGAGCCGGGCGAGGUACUGUUCGACCCAAACGAGAUGUGGCAGAUGUUUAUCGAUUGGGGCGGUAGCUUAAACCCACCACCUCCUCCCGACGUUCCCUAUGUCUAUGUAAAGGGAAAGCGCAAAUUCCACCUGUGCGACAUAUGCGGGCUUUUUGUAAAUUGCCUUCGGCGACAUUAUGAUAAUCACAGCGAGGAGCCAGCGUACAGUUGCCCACACUGUCCGGUAAAGAUGAAGCAGAAGAGCAACAUCUCCCAGCACAUACUGCAAGUUCAUCUUCGAAAGCCGAAUAAAACGUGCAAAAUAUGCGACAAAAGCUUCAUUCAUCACAAGACGUACCGAUACCAUAUGCUCACACACGAGGGAGAAGGAAAAACGUUCGAAUGCCCGGACUGUGAGAAAACGUUCCCGAACGCCAUCUACUUACGGGAUCACGUAAAUCGGCUUCAUAAUGCAGCGAAGGCAGCGAAGAAACCCCAGGAACCAGGAGAAAAGGUGCAAAGAAAACGGAACCGAUCCCAAAUGCAGUCAGCCAAAAUAAUAGUUCGCCAGACACCUUAAUCACGUGUCGUUCGUCCCAGUACGGUGCACAAGCACAAAUUCAACCCGUACCCGAAUUUACUACGAAUUUUAUUAUCUUUUUUUCGAUUCGGUUGUUUCUAUCCAAACGUUGGAUGGUAAAUUACCACACCGAUACGUUUCAUUUUUUACAUUACGUGAAAACAUUCAUGUGAAUAUUAUAGUAUUACUGUCGACGCGAUCAACAAUGAUGAUGAGUACCAUUUGUAA